ACACUAUUUAAGAUAAUCGCAAAUUUGCCGUGUAUUUCUUAUGAAAGAAAACCAGCAGCCAUAUUUAAAAAACGAUAACACAAAUUGCUGAUCUACCUGUUUACACUUUGUCAUGUUUUAACCUUAUCAUUAUUAAUUCUUAUUGCUGAAACUCUUUUAUUUUACACUUGUCAAAUAAAUAAAUAAAAUAUUACUUAUUAGACGGUAGACUAAUUUUAAGUAAAAUUGUAUCUGCUUAUAGAAAAUGAAUAAUCGUUAAGUAAUCAAUAAGACUCACAAUGAAAUGUUUUUAUGAAGUACUGGAGGUAUCCAGAGAUGUUGAAGUAGAAGAUCUGAAAAAGUCAUACAAAAAGUUGGCAUUACGGUGGCAUCCAGAUAAAAAUCCAAACAAUAUUGAAGAGGCUAAAGAGCAGUUUCAACUGAUUCAACAAGCCUACGAAGUGCUAAGUGAUCCUCGUGAACGCAAGUGGUAUGACAAUCAUCGCGAGUAUAUUAUCAAUAGCAACUCUGAUACCCCCGUUGACGAGAUCAAUUUAUUUAAGUAUUUCUCUCCGUCAUGUUACAAAGGAUUUGCUGAUGACGAAAAAGGAUUUUAUACUGUGUACCGUGAGGUAUUUAGUAAUAUUUUAAUAGAAGAAAAUAGUUACUUUGAAAUAGAUUCCGAUGAAAUACCUACAUUUGGACAAUCUAAUAGUGAUUAUUCAGAAAUCGUUAGGCCAUUCUACAAUUUUUGGUGUAAUUUCAGCACGCACAAACCAUUUGGUUGGUUAGACGAGUAUGACAUUCGGCAAGCCCCUAAUAGACGAGUUGCUAAAUUAAUGGAAAAAGAAAAUAAAAAGAUUCGUGACAAGGCAAAAAAAGAACGUAAUGAUGAAAUCCAAGCUUUAGUGGAAUUUGUUCGCAAACGUGAUAAACGAGUUAAAGCGUACGCAGAAACAGUUAAACAAAAAUCAGCUGAAAAUGUUAAACGAAUGGAAGAAGCCAGACGGAAAAGAAUUAAAGAGAAACAAAUAGAAUUAUCAAAUUACAAAGAAUCAGAAUGGACAAAAUUUUCAAAUGUUGAAGAAGAAUUGAAAGUAAUUGAAGAAAGUUUGAUUGCUGAAUAUGGAGAAAGUGACUAUGAAGAGUCUAAUGACGAAACUGUUGAUUGCCUAUAUUGUGUGGCUUGUAACAAAGUUUUCAAGACAGAAAAAGCUUUUCAGAAUCAUGAGAAUUCAAAGAAACAUAAAGAAAAUAUUGAAAUUAUUAAAGCUGAGAUGUUGAACGAUGAACUCAUAAUUAACAGUGAUUCAAAUGAAGGCAAAAAAUCUUCGGAUAUUAAUGAUGUAAGUCAUUCUAGUGAUGAUGAUCAACAUCAUUCGAAUGCAGAAAGCAGUAGCAAGUCAAACGCAGAAAAUAGUUGUGAUGAUGAAAAUUGUGAUAAUUUCAGUAGUUCUGAUGAUUCAGAAAACAGCGUAGAAAGUGAAAAUAAUAAGGUUGAAUUUAACAAAAAAAAAUCAAAGAAAAAUGUCCAUUUAAAUGUACCCGUUGAUGUAGAUUCAGAUGUACUAGAAGCAGAUUUGAGUAGUGAAGAUGAUAAUAUUGCCGACAGUAAAAGAAAAGUGUGCAAAAAGAAAAAAAAACAGUCAUCUAAUGUUAAAGAGUUUAAUGUUCUUUACUGCUUGUCUUGUGAUCAAUCUUUCAAAACUGAAAAAGCUCUUUUCAAUCAUCGCACAUCUAAAAAACAUCAAGAAAAUGUUGUAUUAAUUAGUGCAAAGCAGACUAAUGGAGAUGAUCAAGAAUCUGUUUGUGAUAAUAUUGUUAAUAAUAAUGCUGAAACCGAAAAAGAGGAUGUAGUUACAACCCAUGAAGACCCAUCUGUAGAUGGACCUUCACGUGUAUCGGAAAAAUUGGUGAAGAAUAAAAAGAAAUUAAAACUAGUAGAUAAUACCAAAGUAAAACGUUCAAACCACGCUUGUGGUGUAUGUGCAUCAGUAUUUUCGUCUAAAAACAAACUGCAUCAACACUUGAAAGAUUCAAAUCAUGCAGUGCUCAAAGUUGUGAAUGAACAUAAGAGUAAAAGAAAAGGAAAAAACAAUUAAACAAUUGUCUGUUUAUAUGUUUAAAGGUAUUAAUAAGGU